CCCCUUCCGGUCCGCUCGGCUCUGUCUCCCCCCGGACCCACGUGUGUUUGGAGCGGAGUGAACUUGGAGCUGCUGCUGCGGCGGCCGUCCGUGAGGUUGUUGUUUCUGGACACCGCGGGGCCUCGGUGGCCAGGACAUCGUCAUGCCUAAAGGACUGAAAGGAAAAAUUGUAGGACGGGAAAAAAAAGUCAUCCAUCCGUACAGCAGGAAAGCAGCUCAGAUUACAAGAGAGUCUCACAAACAAGACAAGAAGGAGAGAUUGAAGACUGAGAGGGCCUUGCGUCUCAACCUUAUUGGUGACAAACUUCAGUGGUUUCACAGUCAUCUGGAUACAAAAAAAACAAGAUAUUCAAAGAAGGAUGCCUGUGAAUUAAUUGAAAGGUACUUGGGUCGAUUCAGCAGUGAGCUGGAGCAGAUUGAGCUGCACAACAGCAUCAAGGACAGACAGGGCCGGCGCCACCACUCCCGGGAGACUGUCAUCAAGCAGACCAUGGAGCGGGAGCGGCAGCAGUAUGAAGGCUACGGCUUCGAGAUCCCAGACAUUUUAGACACUAAUAAUCUGCAGACUUUUCGGGAAUGGGAUUUUGAUCUGAAGAAAUUGCCAAACAUCAAAAUGAGGAAACUUUGUGCUAAUGAUGCCAUCCCCAAGAAGCGCAACAGAAAGCCAUUUAAUGUGGAAACAGAUUUAAAUAUAGAGAAAGAUUUAGGGGAAUUAGAACUAACGGUGGGAACUGGAGACGCUAAAGAUGGGGAAUUGGAACCAGCGAGCGAAGCAAGCGACUCGGAUGAAGAAAUGACUCCAGUGCCUGCCCGCCCCUGAUGGAAUCCCUUGAGACCCUCCGCCCACUCCUGACGCUGAAUACCGGGCCUGGGAGCUGAGCUGAGAGUCUGAAUACCAACCCAGUGCAGUUCUGGCGAGGCGUCUGUCUACGUCACUGCAUGGCCAACGGUGUCAUAGUGGUGGAAUAGGAGACGGAGCGGGUGCAGAGGAAGAUAAGCCAGCGAAUGGGAAGGGGCCUGUGUUGCCACCUCCUGAAGUCCUGUCACCUCUGAACAUCACCAUACUGGGGUGGAGGGUGUGAGCAGCAAUUUUCUAACACAUUAAACUGUAUCCAAAACACCAUUGACCUUCAAAGACCAUUUAACCUGAAUUUUGCAGAAGGGAAAAUUGGAGAAAAAAAAAAAAAAUAGGGUUAGGAGGAUGGCUUGGUCAGGGAAGGGCUCCCGAGGGCCUGAGUCUCUUUCCAAACAGGGCUGUGUGGCGGGCUCCCGAUGUCUCAGUGCUGGGGAGUGGGAGGGGGGGUAGGGACAGUAAACAGGCACAGAGUGACCGGUCCUGGCUCAGUAGUCCACGUGUGACAGUGGUACUCUGGAGGGUCAGUGCUCCCAGACCCACUGCCAACACUGCCUUUAAGGGCACACAGCAUGGGAUUGCCCCAUGGGCUUCAGUCUUGGAUGACGUUUUAAUACGUGCCAUUGUGUAUUGGAAGUAACUUGUUUUUUGAUUUUACCGAGAAUCGCACCACAUUUGGCUUGAUUCUCAGAAGAAAAUUUGGAUUUUUGAAACACGUUAGGACUAUUCAAGGGCCACGGAGACUUUAAAAGACCAUGAUGUUUAACUAAGUGCAUUUUGGAUUUACAAAAGACUUUGAGGCCAAAGGCAGAACGCUGUGGUUUGGAUUUUAAAUGUCUCCCGCAAGCUCCUUCUUUGCACAUUCAGACCCUACCUUCCGGUGCUGCUUUGAAGGUUGUGGAGGAUUUAGGAGGGAGGGAUCGGCUGUCAGUAGGGCCAACUCUGAAGGUUAUGCCUAUCCUUGGGUCCAGUUGUCUACCACCGUGCAGGUUGCCAAGUUGCUCCAGAAGCUGUGGCAGACCGAAGUCCUUCUGAAAUGGAGCCAGAACACACUUCCUUAAUGUCUCCCCCCCCACCAUGCGCUUGAAAUUUGGAUCACAGCAGCACAAAAGUAGCAAAUCCAUCUUUCAGAUAACAGUUGAGCUAGCACUUGAGGUGAUUCUUUCCUGCCUGUUCCCAGGCAGCGGAUCUGUCAGAGAAUCCCAGGCAAAAGGCCGUUGCCUGUGCACAUUGCUAAGUGAUGGUGCUCUCAGUUCUGCAUAGUGAUCUUCCGGUUUCCCCAUUACGUUUUCCUAACUUCGUGGUCGGUAUUUCAUGACUUCUUCAAGGUUUCUAACUGUUCAGAUACGAGUCUGCUGAAUCUUCAGCUGUUGGGUCUGCAGUAAAAGCAGUGCUGUUCUGCUGUAACAGAUGCAGUAUUCUUUUCACUUUACAGACAAGCAGACCCCACUCUGUGUUGUUUUCUCUGAAUCAUGCAGUAAAUCUCUCAUGUAAUUCCACAAGACAGAACUGGGUGUCUGCUCUUUAAGCAUUAUAGUAAACUACUUCCUAAACAAGGUAACUUGGGAAGCUGAGGAAUGAAUACGUGUGUGCAUAUGUAGACAUACUCACUGUACACACACUUAGGUGACCCUAGGAAAGCAGACGCCAUGCUCUGGGACGCUCGUGCCCUGCUCUGUCCUGAAGUCUUCUAACGAGGCCAGCUGUUCUUUUCUUUGAAGCUAGAAACUUGACUUCCACUGUUCUAGAAGUCUGCAAACAGCUCCACAGGCUGCAGGCAGUGGGCGCAGAGUGAGGAGCUGCGCUCCAUCCACCUGGACAGCAGAGCAUCGUACUGAAAUACUCCUCAAACUUGUUCAAGUGGGCUUGGGAAGCUUAUGUAUUAUUUCCUUUGGCUAAUGUAUAUUUAUUAUCUAUUUUUUGAGAUCCAUUGAAAGAAAGCUAUUUCUUGGUCCAAAGAAUGCUAUCUAUUCUAGGCCUAUGUGGAGACCUAAUAAUAUUUCAAGCUACCUAAAACAUGAGUUAAUCUGGUUGGGCUGGUCCAUCACCUGGCUAAGAGACUACUCCUUAGAAAGGCCAGUUCACCUUAACUCAUGCUAAAGAGGGGAGGAAUAAUUAUCCCUUUAAUGAGGUAAUGUGCUUUUCUUACCCAGAAGGCUGGCCACAGGUACAGUCAGGAUUGAGCUGCCACGAAGCUGUUAGGAGGACACACCUCAGGAAAAGGCGUUACUUUUCUCUUUCUUCCUCCAAUGUGAUUCUGAAUUUGGGCAUUGCUUUCCCUCACCCUUUGGACUCUCACUUCACUCUGAAGCGCUCCUGCAUUCUGUGUGGCCACUUUCAGAACGAGGCUGACACCCAUGCUAAACAUGCUGUCCUUACUGAGACUGCAUGGCUCUUCACCUUCUUCAUCCUCUCUUCUGACGGCUGCUGCGAUUCCCAGUUUGUCUGCCCUGUUGUUGAUGAAAGUCUAAUAAAGUUGUCCAGGAGCUUC